AUGGCCGAACGCACUCGCGCCGAGUCCGUCGCGCACGACGAUGAGGGCGCGCUCGCCCUGCUCGGCAAGAAGCAAGUGCUCAAGCGCCGCUUCGGCUUCGCGUCCUUGUUCGGCUUCGCCGUGUGCGAGUUGAUCACGUGGGAGACCGUCUUGGCCAUCUUCUCGCAGGCCUUCAACAACGGCGGGCCUGCCGGCGCCGUCUACGGCUUCAUCAUCGCCUGGAGCUCCACGCUGUCGGUGUAUACCGUCAUUUCUGAGCUGGCCUCUCUUGCGCCCAUUGCGGGAGGGCAAUAUUACUGGGUAUACAUGCUGGCUCCCGCCAAUUACAAGACCGCCCUGAGCUACGUCGUGGGAUGGCUGACCUCGCUCGCCUGGAUUGCCACCGUGGCCACCGAGACGCUCUUCGCAGGCACCAUUAUCCAAGGCAUCCUCAUCCUCGACUACUCCCCGGAGUACUCCCCCAAGCCAUAUCAAGGAACGUUGUUGACCUGGCUGGUCAUCUGCGUCUGCAUCUUCAUCAACGUCAUCAUUCCCAACUGGCUCCCGCGCUUUGAAAUCGGCAUGGUCGUCUUCCACAUUAUCGGCUUCAUCGCCAUUGUCGCCACUCUGUGGGCCUUGACACCGCAUUAUUCCACCAGCUCCGACGUAUGGGCCUUGGCGUUGAACAAUGGCGGAUGGCCUACGCAAGGCCUGUCCUACUGCGUCGGCUUCCUCGGUAACGUGGCCACGUUCGUGGGCGCAGAUGCGAGUGUGCACCUGGCUGAAGAGGUGUCCAAUGCCGCUCUGAACAUCCCCCGAGCCAUCCUGGCCGCCAUGACGAUCAACGGUGCCGUGGGCUUCAUCAUGAUGGUGACUGUCCUGUAUUGCCUCGGAGACAUCACCACCGUCGAAGACACGGCCACCGGCUAUCCUUUUAUUCAAAUCUUCAAGGACAGCGUGUCCAGCACUGCAGGCGCCACCGUCAUGUCUGCCGUAGUGCUGAUCCUCACCUGGGCCUGCGCAACAGGCAUCCUGACAACGGCUUCUCGCAUGGUCUGGUCCUUUGCCCGCGACAACGGCCUGCCCGCCUCCCGCCAGCUCUCCCGAGUCAAUUCGCGCACCAAAAUCCCCGUCACUGCCGUCCUCACCGUCGCCGUCAUCUCCGCCUUGCUCACCCUGAUCUACAUCGGCUCCGACGCGGCCUUCAACGACGUCAUCUCCCUCACCAUCACCGGCUUCUACGGCUCCUACUUCAUCCCCGCCUCCCUCUUGCUCUACCGCCGCAUCAAAGGCCAGAUCCUGCCCUACGGCACCACGCCCGAGCCCGCGCACACGCGCGGCAUGAGCACCUUCAACUUCGAAAAGCCCGCCACUGGAGCCGACUCGCCCUCGCGCUCCGAAGAAGCGGACAAGGUCAAGAUCGAACGCGAAGGGAAAGGCGCCGACUCGCCCUCCGCCGCAGCGCAUGCCGACAUCGGCCACGGCUCCGUGCUGAACGAGGCGCCCCUCAUCUGGGGCCCGUGGCAUCUCAAGGGCAUCUUCGGCAUCAUCAACAAUGCGUACGCGUGCGUUUACAUGAUUUUCGUCAUCUUCUGGAGUGUCUGGCCGCCGGACUACAAGGUGACGGCCGCGACGAUGAAUUACAGUGUGGCGGUGACGGGUGGGGUCAUGCUUCUCAGCUUCAUCUGGUAUAUGGUGCGCGCGAAGAAGCUGUACAAGGGCCCGACGGUGGAUGAAGAGGUGGUUGCGGCCGUGCUGCGCCAUGGUUCUGUCGUGUCGGUGUCGUGA